UCUUGUCCCUCGUCUUCAGUCCCUCACACAAACUCUCUCUCUCUCUCUCUCCUUAUUUCUCUCACUGCAUAAAUUUUAGGCAGCCAUGGCGGUUUCUAGCUCUUCGUUUAUAGCUAACCAAUCUCUUUCCCCAUUCUUUAAAGCUCCAAGAUCAAACAUUUGUGGCAGAAAACAGUUCUGUUUACGAGCAUCUGCGGGCCACCCAGAUGAGGAAGGGAAAAUGAUGAUAAGGAAAGAAAAAGAUGGCUGGAAAAUUGAUUUCUCAGGGGAGAAACCACCUACGCCAUUGCUGGAUACAAUCAAUUACCCUGUUCAUAUGAAGAACCUAUCCACGCAGGAUCUUGAACAACUAGCAGCAGAGCUUAGAGCAGAUAUUGUAUACAGUGUAUCGAAGACAGGGGGGCAUCUGAGUUCAAGCUUAGGAGUUGUCGAACUAUCAGUGGCUCUACAUCAUGUUUUCAACACUCCUGAUGAUAAAAUCAUAUGGGAUGUUGGUCAUCAGGCAUACCCACAUAAAAUUCUAACAGGAAGAAGGUCUAGGAUGCAUACCAUGAGGAAAACUUCAGGGCUUGCAGGAUUUCCUAAAAGAGAUGAGAGCGUUUAUGAUGCCUUUGGUGCUGGACAUAGUUCCACAAGCAUCUCCGCUGGUCUUGGAAUGGCAGUUGCAAGAGACCUAUUAGGGAAGAAGAACAAUGUCAUUUCUGUAAUUGGUGAUGGAGCCAUGACAGCAGGACAAGCAUAUGAGGCCAUGAACAAUGCAGGAUUUCUGGAUGCUAAUCUAAUUGUUAUAUUGAAUGAUAAUAAGCAAGUAUCUUUACCCACAGCUACUCUUGAUGGCCCUGCAACUCCUGUUGGAGCCCUUAGUAGUGCUUUGACCAAGCUCCAAGCAAGCACUCAGUUCCGCAAACUUCGUGAAGCAGCAAAAAGCAUCACAAAGCAAAUUGGUGGUCAAACACAUCAAGUUGCAGCAAAGGUCGAUGAGUAUGCAAGAGGAAUGAUUAGUGCUUCUGGGUCUACUCUCUUUGAGGAAUUAGGAUUGUAUUACAUUGGUCCAGUAGAUGGGCACAACAUUGAAGAUCUAGUGACCAUAUUUCACAAGGUAAAAGCAAUGCCUGCCCCAGGACCAGUUCUUAUUCACAUUGUGACAGAGAAAGGGAAGGGCUAUCCCCCAGCUGAGGCAGCAGCUGAUAAAAUGCAUGGUGUUGUCAAGUUUGAUGUUCAAACUGGGAAGCAAUUCAAGCCAAAAUCACCUACACUUUCAUAUACACAAUACUUUGCUGAAGCUCUGAUCAAAGAAGCUGAAGCAGACAACAAAAUUGUAGCCAUUCAUGCUGCUAUGGGUGGUGGAACUGGUCUCAACUACUUUCAGAAGAGGUUUCCAGAUCGCUGCUUCGAUGUGGGCAUUGCUGAGCAACAUGCUGUUACGUUUGCAGCUGGUUUAGCCACUGAAGGACUCAAGCCAUUCUGUGCUAUUUACUCAUCAUUCCUGCAACGAGGAUAUGAUCAGGUGGUACAUGAUGUCGACCUGCAAAAGUUACCAGUCAGAUUUGCCAUGGACCGAGCUGGUUUGGUAGGUGCAGAUGGACCCACUCAUUGUGGAGCAUUUGAUAUUACAUACAUGGCUUGUUUGCCCAACAUGGUGGUCAUGGCUCCAUCUGAUGAAGCUGAGCUGAUGCACAUGGUUGCCACUGCAGCAGCCAUAGAUGACAGACCCAGCUGCUUCAGGUUCCCAAGGGGCAACGGAAUUGGAGCAACUCUUCCUCCUAAUAAUAAAGGAACCCCAGUUGAGAUUGGAAAAGGGAGAAUACUGAUGGAAGGUGAUAGAGUUGCCAUUUUGGGAUAUGGUUCCAUAGUUCAACAAUGUAUAGAAGCUGCAAGCAUGCUCAGAACCCGAGACAUUUCUGUGACAGUAGCAGAUGCAAGAUUUUGCAAACCUUUAGAUACGGAUCUUAUAAGGCGAUUGGCCAAGGAGCAUGAGUUUCUUAUUACAGUAGAAGAGGGUUCUAUUGGAGGUUUUUCUUCCCAUGUUUCUCACUUCCUGAGUCUAAGUGGUAUUCUGGAUGGGCCCCUAAAGUUGAGAGCAAUGGUUCUCCCUGACAGAUACAUUGACCAUGGAUCACCUCAAGACCAAAUUCAAGAAGCAGGGCUCUCCUCAAACCAUAUCACUGCCACAGUCUUAUCUCUCUUAGGGAAACCAAAAGAAGCUCUUCAGUUCAAGUGAGUGAGAAAAGAAUCAGAGUAUUUCCUCAAGAAUAUAGCAGAAGCUACACACAUCACUGCAAGUGAGAGACUCUUGUAAAUAUGCAACUUAGAAUUUCAUAUUUGGAUAUUAAUGUACAAAGUUUUCAAUAUGAGGGUUACAAUGAUUCUGUUAGAGUUUGAAUCACCAA